CCUCAAAUAUCUUCCACAGACUUAAGUCAAAGAAAUGUCCAGCUCAGAUAAUUACAAAAUGCUUGCCUUGGUAUACAGCAGAACAAUUUCUGUUGAAUCUCACAGGUAGGUGCAAUACAAAACAAGAAAUUGUAUCCAAUUUAUUACGAGUACUAGAGUGUGUUACCCAGUUCCUCUUUGCAGGCUUCUGAGAUGGAGAUUAUUUGGGUAAUGAGGGUUUCGAUCUUGGUCGUUGGAGCGCUGGCAACAGUAAUGGCACUUACUAUCCCUUCCAUCUAUGGCCUUUGGUCCAUGUGUUCAGACCUCGUGUAUGUGAUCCUAUUCCCACAACUGCUGAUGGUGGUACACUUUAAGCAUCACUGCAAUACGUACGGUAGUUUAACCGCUUACAUCGUCGCCUUCUUCGUCAGAAUGACAGGAGGAGAGCCGUUACUUGGGUUGCCCGCCAUGAUACACUACCCGGGUUGGGAUGGCGAAAAUCAGCUGUUCCCGUUCCGAACCAUGGCCAUGCUCAUGUCUCUUGUUACUCUCAUCUUAGUUUCUUGGGGCACCAAGUAAGUAACCGCGCGUCUGAACAUAUACAGGGCGUUCGUUUUAAGAGGAAAGCUACUUUACUCGACAUCGCCGUGUUGACAUCGAUAGCUUUUGGCAGUUCUUUUCAAACCCUGGUCGUGGUUUUGUCUCGUAUAAUUUAUUUACUAACACUUUAAUCUCUUGAUACACAUAAUACGCAGUC